AUGCUUUCGCUCUGACUAAUAUAGAUGUUAUUAAAGGAUGAAGGUUAAAUCAAAGAAGCGGUAACUGAAGGGUGGAGGCGGUAUAGUGGCAGGUGACCCACUUCACGCAGGAAUGGUCACGGACCCGCAGGGUUCUCUACAUCGGAUUCUACUGUCGUCGUCGUGACACCACCGCCGUUCGUCGUCAGCUCCACUACACUCGCCACCCAGUUCCACUACCUCAUCAACUAUUCGAUCUAUUCUUAUCGUAUUCUUACUCAUUAA